AUGGGUUUUGCUAUGUCUGUAAUCGUAAACAGAGACUGGGAGGAAAUAGUGAGUUCCAAGGAACACUUGGAAGAAGAAGUUGGAAGGCUGAAAAGAAGGAUUGAGGAGCUUGAAUCCAAGAAGAAGCAAAGCCAAGCUAUUGAGACUUCAAAGACAAUGGAAAAGUACAAGAAGCAAUUAAUGACGACCACUUCAGAUUUUAUGGCCAAAAUGGAGGAAAAGUGUCUGAGCCUAGUGUCUAAACUGGAAGAAAAAGAAAAGUCAAUCUCCACAUUAAUGUUGUCGACACAAGAAAAGAAAAAGCAAGUGGAACCAGAGAAACAGGGAGUGCAAGAGGUAGUAACAGUGGGGGAAAAGAAGAGAUCAAAAGUAGCUGCUGAUGAUCAGAGCAAGGAGCUAAUAGCAGUUGACCCCAAGCUGAAAGCAGUCACAAAAGCACAAAAAGCUACUCCAACAGCUGAGGAAAAAGCUGCCAAGAUACAAAGGCUUAAGAGUGGUUUCAGGAUCUGCAAGCCCCAGGGUAGUUUCCUCUGGCCAAACAUGGUUCGCAACAACAAGAACAAUGGUGGCAACAUGUCCAAGGUUAUGGUCCAGGUUGAAGAUGUUCAUAUGGUCCCAACACCACCCUCAGUCUCUUCUUCCACUGCCAUAGCAGCUCCUUCACUGCUGCCUUACUACCAGCAUAAUAAGCAGCAGCAGCCAGUUUCCCCUGUCAAGCCUGUUCCUGAAAGACGAGCUGUCACUGUGACUGUCUCCACCAUCUCUAGUGAGACUCGCUAUGAAGCUGGGGAUAAGAAUUACUCUACUAGCAACAAAACAACCACGCUGAUCAACUUAAAUGAUGUCCCUUUUAGCGCUGGGGAAGCAUUUCGGCAAGCCCCAACGUCAAGGCAAACUAUAACCACAACUACUGUCAUGCCUCAUACAUUGUCCUCUCCAGUGAAUGGAGACAAGACGGGUAAACCAUGGCAAGCUUCAAGAGAUGACAGGGCCAGCCAGGUGGCCAUGAGUGGGAAGGACUCAGGUCAGCAACAAGCAAGCAAAUGCUGCUCUUCCUCAGCCACAUCCUUGCCCCAGGGUGCUGCAAGUUGGUUAGUUCUGGCUACUCCAAGCAACACCGAUGCCUCAGAUGAGUCCAUCAUUGGAUGA